GUUUCACUCAACUCUAUCAGCUGCCCAAGUUUUUUGAGACUGCGCUCGUCCACAAAAUCAAGCUCUCCUUCGCUCCAGCUUCCACGCCCAACAUGCCGUCGAGCGCGAAGAAGCGACAACGCGAAGCUGAAGACUGGGAUUAUGCUGAUCUUAGCGGACCUGACCCAAUGUACAAGAGGACAGCGCCAUCAUGCAUUCCCGCGUCAUCAUCCACGACUUUCAGGGUCAACACCACCGCCAAGGGCCCCGAUCCGAAUUUAACGUCCUAUAGUUCUACUUUUGAUAGCAAGGCUCCUUAUAGCUAUUCAUACACCCCUCCUGCUACUUCUGUGAUGACGAUGCCAUCGGUUCCGUAUUCUUCGUACAAUUACAGUUACCCGCACCCCCAACCCACCCACCCUCACGUGGAGCCUCAGUCCCCAGUUCACGAGGCCCCACCUCCUCCCGUCAAGAAACAAAGGAAAAAGAAGAAAGACCCUAAUGAGCCUGCGCCAGAGAAACGCGGUGCAAUGUUCAAGAAAAAGUGUCCACAGAAUAUUCUCGAUCGCGUAGAUAGGGUCAUGUCUCAAAGAUUUUUCAUGGUCGACAGGAAGCGUAACGGUGAUGAGCUGCGUGAGGAGUUCAGUGUGUUAGGCUCCACAGGGAAUGUGUAUACAGUCAUCAUCGACAAAUCACCAUCCUGCAAUUGUCCAGACGCCAGCAAGGGCAAUCACUGCAAGCACAUAUUGUUCAUCUUUUUGAAAGUUCUCCAAGUCAGCCAAAGCUCCGGCGUGUGGUACCAAAAAGCCCUUAUCACCUCCGAGCUUCAAGAAAUAUUCGCGCAUGCACCUCCAGCACCCAACUCUGUUACCAACCAACGCGUUCGUGACGCAUAUGCGCGCGCGACCGGGAAGGCUACUGCCCCCUCUGAAGAAUCCGAGUCUGUGAAAAAGCGCCGCGCGCCUGGCCCAGAGGAUGACUGCCCCAUUUGCUACGAGACCAUGCAUGGCGCAGACGGGAACGCCCUCACCUGGUGUGAGACUUGUGCGAAUGCCGUGCACAAGGAGUGCUUCACACAAUGGGCUAAAUCCUGUGGACACAACAUUACUUGCGUCUUCUGCCGUUCCCCAUGGGUUAACGUUAGCACAGGCGGGCAGGCCUCCGGGAAGGGCAAGGCAUCAGUGUCAGAGGGAUAUAUUAACCUCGGUACGGUUGCGGGAUUGAGUCAAGAGCGUGACACCAGCUCCUAUUAUCAUGGCUCCAGGCGUGGGUACCGGCACUACGGUUAUCAAGAUUAUGAAAACCAGUUUUAGACGGGGAACCGAGUUUUAUUCUUCAUCUGCAUCCGUGAUCCGGCCCCUUGAUCUAUCAUCUCGUACAUAUAUUUUUUCCAUCUGCGUCCCCUCCAUUUGCAUCGCGAUCCACAGUACAACACCAUUUAAAUCUCUUGCAAGUCUAUAUACGAUAGCGUCUUGCCACCAUAAUCAUUAGUGUACAUGUCAUCGAUCAGUCCUAGUACUACUAAGUACUACUGGUAUCGUCGAAUCUUGGUUACCGAAUUAU